AUGGGCUUCAUACACAUCGACCAUAUACAGGGCCAGCAUGAGCAAUCGACCCUGAUCGCUGAUGCCUUGGCUAAGGACCGGCCAAGUGGUACCGACGCUAGAACUUUUAGAGUCGACGGUCUUGUCUCUGAUCAAGUUUCCACGCCAACAUGCAUGAAAGAGGAGAUUGUGCUGUUGUCCUGGCUCAUAGUCCUCCUGCGAACCCGAGAAGAUGGACGUAUUAGCUACGAAUGGACGUAUCGGGUUGAAGGAGAUUCGCUAAACGGUGAAGUGGCGAGUAAACUUUCUACCGAUGAAGUCCUCCCCAGAUUACAAGAUAAGGUGAAAGCCACCCUGGCUUCGAUUGAUCAUCACGUCGAGAAUGUGAAAGGAAGUUUCAAAACAGCAGGAUCCAGCCAUACAUCACUUCUGCUCAGCACUGGAUCAUUGUUAGAGAACUCUGAGGGUGCUAAGAGUGAGGGUGGGCUCAAAAUUCAAGUUUCCACUAAGAAUGGAGAUCUUAAUAUUUGUCCUCUAUGGCACUCUGACAAUAUUCUGCCAUAUACAAUCACACGACACAUUGAAUCCCUAGUCGAUACAAUCAAUAUCUGUAUUUCCAGCCCCGAAAAAUCCAUCGAAGACUGUCUUCGCGCGACAGCGCAUGAUCUCGAUACGAUUUGGAAUUGGAAUCAUGAAUUGCCUCCAACAUACGACUUCUGCAUGCACGAAAUGAUCGCUGAGCGCGCCCGAGAGUUCCCCGACAAGGAGGCCAUUCUAUCCUGGGAUGGUGCUUUGACGUACAGCGAGGUUGAUCGCUACUCAACAGUGCUCGCAUCUACACUUCGUGAGUCGGGUGUCGUACUUCAUGACUUUAUACCAGUGUGCUUUGAAAAGUCAAGGUGGACGAUCGUCGCUGUGCUUGCCGUGAUGAAGGCUGGCGGAACUAUCGUGCUUAUGGAUCCCACCCUGCCGCUGGCUCGGCUUCAGAAUAUGGCCAAGCAAGUGAACGCAAAGACUAUGGUUUCAUCUGAAAGCCAACAGGAAUUGGCAGCCUCGAUUCUAGCAGAUGGGCACAGAUUUGCCGUGGGAGCGGACACAAUUUCGCAAACUUCGAACUCCCAGGUGUUUCCAGAGCUUCCAUCAGUACCGGCCUCUGCUUUGAUGUAUAUUAUCUUCACCUCUGGAAGCACAGGUACACCCAAAGGCGUUAAAAUAUCCCACAAAACCUAUACCAGCAGUGCUAUUCCCCGAGCGAAAGCAGUGGGCUAUACACGUACUUCCAGAGUUCUCGACUUUGCAUCAUAUGCUUUUGAUGUCAGCAUUGACAGUAUGCUGCUGACUUUGGGGAAUGGUGGCUGUCUUUGCAUUCCCUCGGACGAGGAUCGGCUCAAUGACAUCAAUGAAGUCAUUCGGAAGAUGAGAAUUAACUAUGCCGGUAUCACCCCUUCGAUGGCCCGAAUUCUGGACUCAGAUGUCAUCAAAUCGCUCGAUAUCCUGGGCCUGGGUGGCGAGGCUGCGUCGGCUACAGAUGUGACAGUCUGGGGUCAAGAUACCCGGAUUGUCAUCGGGUACGGUCCCUGCGAAUGUACGAUCGGAUGCACUAUCAAUAGCAGUGCAGCGAGCGGCAGAGAUUAUAUCUCCAUCGGACAUGGAAAUGGCGCGGCUAUGUGGAUUGUCGACCCCAACGACCAUGAAGUCUUGAUGCCGGUCGGAGCCGUUGGCGAGCUUCUUGUCGAAGGCCCCAUUGUUGGACAGGGCUAUUUGAACGAUCCUGACAAGACAGCUGCAGCAUUCAUUCACGACCCGUCAUGGCUUGUGACUGGUCACAAAGGCUAUGGCGGCAGAAAGAGCCGUCUUUAUAAGACGGGAGAUCUUGGUGUAUAUGAUCCUGAUGGUUCUGGAGGAAUUGUGUUCGUUGGUCGCAAAGAUACCCAAGUCAAGCUACGCGGGCAACGUGUAGAGCUUGGAGAGAUCGAAAGUCAACUUAAUGCCAGGCUGCCCUCGGAAGCAACCGUUAUUGCGGAGGUUAUCGCGCCUCAAGGAGCCGGGGGUCAAUCUACUCUGGUUGCAUUUGUUUCUUUCCAGUCAGCGAAGGGACAAGAGCAUCUGGAAAUUCAGCCAGCCAAGCUCGUUCCUGAGCAGAGCCAACUUCUCUCCAGUGCCAAUGCAGAGAUAUCAAAGGUUCUGCCACGAUACAUGGUUCCAACAUCUUACAUUCCCGUCAAUUACAUUCCCACGUUGAUAUCUGGGAAGACUGACCGCAAGCGACUUCGGCAAUUCGGUAGCACCGUCGACUUGCGAGAGCUGGACCAAGCUGCCGGGAACGCCGUCUCUCGGGAAUUGACUGGAUUUGAGCAACGCAUAAGAGAAGCAUGGAGUGUAGCAUUGAAACUGGAUGCGGAGAAUAUUCGGCUUGAGGAUAACUUCUUUGCCCUCGGUGGCGACUCACUGGCUGCAAUGCGUCUUGUUUCCAUCUGCAGAGACUCGGGCCUCGAUCUCUCAGUGACUAGCACUUUCGGCAACCCAACCCUUUCGGCUAUGUCCGAAGUUGUCAAGCUUUGCGAUGAGCAAGCACGAUCUGAGGUCGCUGCAUUCUCGAUGAUCACUCAAGGCGUCGCGAGUGCCUCACUAGAAGCGUCACACGCCUGUGGAGUGGAUCAAGGCACUGUUGAGGAUAUCUACCCGUCUACGCCCACGCAAGAGUCUCUGUUCACCUUUUCGCUCAAAUCGGUCAAAGCAUACGUUGCUCAAAGAGUUGCCUGCAUCCCAGCACAUAUCGGCCUCGAUGCCUGGAAGAAAGCAUGGGAAGAUGUUGUACAGGCAAGCCCCAUUCUACGCAGCCGUUUGGUGCAACUUCAAGACCCUGGCCUUCAGCAAGUUGUGCUCAAAGUAAGCCUCGAUUGGAAGCACUCUGUCAACCUUGAGCAGUACCUUGAGGAAGACCGCAUGGAAAAGAUGCACCUUGGACAAAGCCUCGCCCGAUAUGCUAUUGUCGAUAAUGUCAUUGACGGUAAGCGUUAUAUGGUGUGGACUGUGCACCACGUCCUGUAUGACGGAUGGUCAGAGCCGGUCAUUCUCGAAAAGGUUCGCGCUGCGCUGGAGGGACAGAAAAUUGAAAUGCAUGCACGUAUGAAGGAUUUUGUGAAGUUUGUGCGAGAUACCGAUGAAGUCGCCAUGCAUGACUUCUGGCGACAGGAGUUGAAUGGUGCCGUUGGACCCCAAUUCCCACGCCUCCCAUACCGAGACUACUUGCCGACUCCCAACGGCAUGGUUGAACGUAUCAUUCCUUUCGAAGCUGGCGCCGGGUCACCUUUCACGUUGGCUACUUUCAUUCGGGCCGCUUGGGCUCUUGUCGCAUCUCAGUAUACGCGGAGUGACGAUGUUGUGUUUGGGGAGACCCUUACUGGCCGUGACAUUUCGCUUCCAGGUGUCGAAGGCAUCGUUGGCCCGCUCAUUGCGACCGUACCUAUUCGCAUUCAUGUCAACCGAAAUGGCACUGUCGAGUCGUAUCUGCAGGCCGUGCAGCAGAGCAUUCUUGCACGCACCCCUUAUCAGCACAUGGGAAUGCAGAAUAUCCGCAAGGUUAGCCGCGAUGCUCAGCAUGCAUGUGAAGCUGGCACCGGUCUGGUAGUUCAGCCAGAACCGGAGUACGAAGGCAGUGACCUUGGAUUUGUGUAUGGAGAUGUUGUUCGCGAAGCCCUUCACUUCAACCCUUAUCCCCUUAUGCUGGCUUGUGGAAUCAGAAAAGGAGGUUUCAGGGUAUGCGCAAGCUUCGACAGCGGAUUAGUCGGCGCGUCACAGAUGAAUCGAGUUCUGGCUCAGCUUGAAGUGGCUUGCUCCGAGUUGGCAAAUGAUCUUUCCCGGAAGAUUGAUCAGAUCUCUUGUCUCUCUGAAGAAGAGUUGGCACAGAUUUGGCGACGGAAUCAGACACCUCCCUUAUCCUUAGACCAGUCCUCUGGGAAGCUCCGGGCCAAUGAAGAUAUCAAGCAAGGGUCGGUGUACCCUCCAUCCGUUGUUCACUGGGUAUGCGAUCCACGGAAUCCUUCGCUGUUGUCGCCUAUUGGUUGUCCUGGUGAGCUUUGGCUGGAAGGAGCCUGCCUUUCAGGCGAGACUGUGCACUCACCAUCCUGGCUCGUCGCUGGAAGCUCGGAAAUUUCCGGCCGAUCAGGGAAUGUCCGGCCAACCGGCGAUAUUGUUCAGCAACAAGAAGAUGGCACCCUGGUAUUUAUCGGCCGCAAAGACAACAUUGUCCCUGUGCAAGGGCAUGCAGUAGAUAUCGCAGAUCUUGAAACACAUUUCUCGACAUAUAUUCCAUCCUCGGCUCGUGCGGCCACAGCGGUGUUUCGGUUAUUACAAGAUGAGUCAAAUCAGACAUCGGAUCUACAGCUGGCUGUGUUUGUCGAGAGUCAGCCUUGCGAGAGCGACAAUGUUGAGCUCAUGCCGGAGAGCCACCAUGUUGUUUGGGACUCGUCGGACCCUCAAAGUCUGAGGACCUCAGUUUGUGCCUCAGCACCAGUUAACCUCGUUGUAGCACUGAAGGGUCUCGACAAAUUCUUCCGAGAUUCACUCCCAACUCACAUGGUGCCCUCCGUGUAUGUUGUUGUUGACAAGUUGCCGACUAACCAUAACCUGUUGAACCAGCUCGCCUCGAAAAUCCCUUUCCAAGUCCUCGACCAAGUACACAAGGGACUACAAGAGGCGUGGAAGAAGAGUCUUGCCCAAGCAAGCCUGACCGGGCCUGAGAACAUUCUGCGGUCAUCUUGGGCGAAGAUUCUUGGAAUGCAGGCGAACCAAAUCGACGUGGACGACAAUUUCUUCCGCCUUGGGGGUGACUCUGUUCUGGCAAUGAAGCUUGUUUCCAGUCUUCGCGCGCAGGGUCAUUCAUUGACAGUUGCAGAUAUCUUCCAGCAUAUGCGCCUGGGUGAUGCUGCAAAGAGGUUGAAAGUUGGACAAUCACCACAGGCCAAAAUCCAGCCUUACAAGCCAUUCUCUGUCCUGGGAUCGAUUGAUAUUCACCGUUUCCUGUCUGAAGUGGUUCAACCAAAGCUUGGUCACUCAACUUGGUCGGUCCAAGAUGUCUAUCCUGUUACGGACACACAAGCACUUGACAUCCGAGGAACAAUCCAGGUGCCUCGGACGUCCAUUCAGUAUAACAUUUUGUAUUUCGACGAUGCCAUCGAUCGCCAACGGUUGUUCCAAGCUUGUAGAGACCUGGUCAAGACCCACGAUAUUCUACGCACUGUGUUCAUUGAAGAAAACGACAGUUUCUUCCAGGUUGUCCUGAAUAAUUUGGAGCCUCCUUUGACCACGCACCUGGCAGAUCGUGAUCUUGAUUCAUUUGUCAAUGGCCUCUGUGCGGAGGACAUUAAUUCCGACUUCCAACUGGGAUCUCCGCUCUUCAAGUUCAUCCACGCUGCAGACGAUAACAGAAAGGAAUGUCUCAUUCUUGGGCUUUCCCACUCUCUUUAUGACGGCAUGUCGCUCCCCCGGCUGCUUCAAGAUUUGGAGACACUGUAUAUCGGAAAGACCGUUGGUAAUUUUGAUCCUUUUUCUUCAUAUGUGGCACGUAUUCAGGACAUUCGCUUCCAGACCAGGUCCCUUGGCUAUUGGAGUACUUUGCUCAAUGGCUCAUCUUUGUCUGUGUUGGACGGAACGUCUUAUGAGCCAGGAGACAAGGGCGUGUUCAAGUCCAAGCCUGUUGAUUCAUGCCAACCUCUGGAGGACAUUACAACUGCAAACCUACUGACCGCAGCAUGGGCUCUGCUUCUGGCUCGUCGGCUCGGCAAGCCUGAUGUGACAUUCGGAGGUGUUACCUCCGGCCGUAUGAUCGACCUCGACAACGUGGAAAAUGUCGUCGGACCAUGCUAUCAGCUCACUCCAAUACGAGUUCUGUUCCAGCAUGAGUGGACAGCUCUGGACCUUUUGCAAUCAGUCCAGAAGCAGAGUGCCGAGUCUGCGGCUCACGAUUUCCUCGGGUUCAAUAAAAUUUCUCAGCAGUGUACUUCGUGGUCAUCAGAUGCACGAUCGUUUGAUUCCAUCGUCCACCAUCAAGACUUUGAUGACAUUGACACUAUGCCCUUCGCCGGAGGAUCAUGUAGGGUUGAGAUUUCAAACCCUCAUGGCGAUGCACCAUAUCCGUUCAAGGUUGUCUCGUUUGUACGAGGCGGCCAAGUGCACGUCGGGGCCGUUGGAGCAGAGAGGGACUCGGCCUUGGUUAUCGAAAUCCUCGAUGAUCUGGCUGCUACGGUGGCUUGGCUCUCGAAAUGCUCUACAGACGUCUUGCUUGAUGAGAAGAUGUUUUAG